CUGUGGAAAUACUGGUUGCUAGGUGGGGUCUCCUGCAGAGAAAUAUAAAAGCAACAAGAGCCCUCAGCGCUCUGUCUUCUGACUGUGCCACCCUCGAAAGUAGUAUUUUUGAGAAACAAGAAAAUCUGUCAACAUGGCUAUGGUAUCAGAAUUCUUGAAACAGGCAUGGUUCAUGGAAAAUCAGGAGCAGGAAUGUAUUAAAACUUCAAAAGGUGGUUCUGGUGUACAGUCAUACCCAAAUUUCAAUCCAUCAGAUGAUGUUGUUGCUUUGGACAAAGCUAUUACUGUAAAGGGUGUGGAUGAAGCCACCAUCAUUGACAUCUUGACUAAAAGAACAAAUGCUCAGCGUCAGCAGAUCAAAGCUGCCUAUCAACAGGCUAAAGGAAAGAGUCUAGAAGAAGCCCUGAAAAAAGUUCUCAAAAGCCACCUGGAAGAUGUCGUUGUGGCUCUGCUCAAAACUCCAGCUCAGUUUGAUGCUGAAGAAUUAAGAGCCUCUAUGAAGGGACUUGGAACUGAUGAAGAUACCUUAAUCGAGAUUCUAGCCUCAAGAAACAACAGAGAGAUCAAAGAGGCCAGCAGAUACUACAAAGAAGUGCUGAAGAGAGAUUUGACACAAGACAUUGUCUCUGACACAUCUGGAGACUUUCAGAAAGCUUUGGUUGCUCUAGCAAAGGCUGACCGAAGCGAAGACGUUCAUGUGAAUGAUGAGCUUGCUGACAAUGAUGCCAGGGCCUUGUAUGAAGCAGGAGAGAAAAGGAAAGGAAUAGAUAUUAAUGUGUUUAUUACUCUUCUUACUGCAAGAAGCUACCCACAUCUCCGAAGGGUCUUUCAGAAGUACGCCAAAUACAGCAAGCACGACAUGAACAAAGUACUAGAUUUGGAGCUAAAAGGUGAUAUUGAGAACUGCCUGACUGCCCUUGUGAAGUGUGCCACAAGCAAGCCAGCUUUCUUUGCUGAGAAACUCCAUUUGGCAAUGAAGGGGAUGGGAACACGGCACAAAGAACUCAUCAGAAUCAUGGUUUCUCGCCAUGAAGUGGAUAUGAAUGAGAUCAAAGGCCAUUACAAGAGGAUGUAUGGCAUCUCUCUCCGCCAAGCCAUUAUGGAUGAACUCAAAGGAGAUUAUGAAAAUAUCCUGGUGGCUUUAUGUGGAAGUGAUAACUAAAUUUCAUGUUCCUGUGAGGUGUUCAAGACCUAUCAAUGAAGAUAUUUAUACUUGCCUCAGCUGUUUAUAUAAGGCUUUAAACAGGAAGAUUUCUCUGGAAUGGUACUUAGCCCACGUGUGUGACAUCAAAA